AUAAAUCCGGAAAAUAUCUCUUUUCUUAGUUGCUAUUCACAGUAUAACAGCAACCCACGUGGCAACACACAACUGGCCUGCACGACCCCAACUUCCUCCCUCUUUCUCCUCUGGUUUGCUUCUGCAUACCGAACGACUGAAGACUGCAAAUUUUAACAGUUCCCUCCCAUUUCCUCUUGGAUCUCCAUAUCUGACAAUUCCCCAGAUUUCCACACUUCCCUAUUAAAACCCAGAAAAGCAAACAGUCAGUUAUUACGGUUAUUCACAUAGCUCAUCAAUAUUUGCUGCCAAAUAUUCUCUCUCUAGAAACACUUUCUCUCUCUAGAAAAUGCCAUCCCAACAGAUUCUGCCCAUAACAUAUCACCCUCCUCCACAGAAAUCGCUACUCAAAGAAGCACAGGACGACCCGACAACCCGGCUUCUGUUGUGCUCGAAUUUCGAGGAUGAAGAAAGUAACACACCUGUGUACCCCCCCCUCCCCACCACUUCCGCUGCCGCUCCACCACCACUUCUAUCCAGCUACACCACCACUUCCGCUGCCGCUCCCAGCAAUCACCAGCAGCGGCGGCGCCGGACCGCCAGCGACAGCUCCCUUUCUUCCCACUCCGAUGAGGGCAGCCGCCACACCUUGGCCGUCGAUGUGGAGCACGCUGCUGUCGAUGUGGAGCACGCUGCUGCCGAGACGUUCUUGGUCACGCGGUUGAGUUUGAAGCUGUUAAAAUAUCUUGGGGUAGGCUACAGAUGGAUUAAAAGAUUUCUUGCCCUUGGUUGCUAUUCAUUUUUACUUAUGCCAGGUUUUAUUCAAGUUGGCUAUUAUUAUUUCUUCUCCCGUCAGGUUCGCAGAGGUAUAGUUUAUGGUGAUCAACCAAGAAAUAGGCUAGAUCUAUAUCUACCCAAAAAUAGUGAUGGGCCGAAGCCAGUCAUUGCAUUUGUAACUGGUGGAGCCUGGAUUAUUGGUUACAAAGCAUGGGGUUCUCUUUUGGGACAACAGUUAUCAGAAAGAGACAUCAUAGUGGCGUGUAUAGAUUAUAGAAAUUUCCCUCAGGGUACUAUCAGUGACAUGGUAAAGGAUGCUUCUCAAGGCAUCUCAUUUGUGUGCAAUCAUAUUGCUGAUUAUGGAGGCGACCCGAAUAGGGUUUAUCUGAUGGGACAAUCUGCUGGUGCACAUAUUGGUGCCUGCACCCUCAUUGACCAGGCAAUUAAGGAGGCAGGCGAAGGAGAGAGCUCUUCUUGGAGUGUCUCCCAGAUAAAGGCUUACUUUGGUCUGUCUGGAGGAUACAAUUUGCUUAACUUAGUGGAUCACUUCCACCACAGAGGUCUAUACCGUUCAAUCUUUUUAGGCAUAAUGGAAGGAGAACAAUCAUUGCAACGUUUCUCUCCAGAACUCAUGAUUCAGGACCCAAACGUUAGAAAUGCUGCUUCUCUCCUACCCCCUAUUAUUUUAUUUCAUGGUACUGCAGAUUACUCAAUACCAUCAGAUGCCAGCAAGAAUUUUGCAGAAACUCUUCAGAGACUUGGAGUGACAGCUAGAUUGAUUCUUUAUGAAGGGAAGACUCACACGGAUUUGUUUCUUCAGGAUCCAAUGCGUGGUGGUAGAGACAAUAUGUUCGAAGAUUUAGUAGCUAUCAUUCAUGAAGGUGAUUCAGAGGCUCUUGCCAAAGAUGCAGUGGCUCCGCCAAGAAGGCGCCUUGUACCUGAGUGCAUGUUGAAGUUGGCUCACCGUGUCAGCCCAUUCUAGCCAAUUUGUCUCAUUUAUCAACCCUCCUUUGAGUUUCUUUGUGAUUGAUUAUCCAUUUUGUACAUAUCAUUAAUGACAGGUGAAGUUUUUACCCCUUAUUUUUUGUGCAACCUUCAAAUUUACCCUA